AUGUGCAAACUCAGCGAAAUUGAUGGAAAUUCCGAAGAUUCAGAGGGUAAGCGAUCAAAAUCGCAUGCAAAAAUUAGCAUUUGGCUUUGCGAAAUACGUCAGGUUACAUACAGUUUAUUUUUUAGGUCGGAUGACAUACGAAGUUGAAGUGGAAUCCAAUUCUCAUAACAAUCGUUUUUAUGAACUGAGGAAUCGAAGUGUAAGUCAUUUUUUGUCUGUUUUUCGAUCCGAAAAUACUUAAAAAAUUGUUAGAAGUGAUCAAACUUUCAAAAAUAACUUUUCCGGAUCAUGAUCCGCGGAUCAACUAUGAUGAUUUUCGGACUUUGUGACAUUUCGUCCAAUUUUUCGACGAAAUGCCAAUAAUAAUAUUUUUGUCGCAACGCUCGGCGGAUUAUGGUUUUGUUGGUGGAUAAACGUCUUCCUGCUUACAGAAUUGAUCUUUUUCUUUUUAUUUUUACCACCUUCGCCAUCUUUUAACCUUUUUCCGGCCAAGAAAUGUCAAUUUCAUGCAAUUUUUUUCGAAAAACCCUUUACUUUCAGCUAAAUGCCCUCCACGACAUUCUCCACAGCCACUCGCAGGCCGAUGCUCUCGAAUUUUGUGUCAGCUCCUACGACGAUGCCAAGAAAAAAUCCAAAUACCAUUGGAAGGAGGGGUAAGUUGUUUUAACUUGAAUUUUUAUAUUGCAGUAGGUUGAAUUGAUGGAUUUCGGAAUUUUUCAGCGAUCUCAAGUUGGAUAUGUUGAUUUUUGGGCGCGUUGCAAGCCUGAGGAGGCUAUGUUUGCACAUGAACAACAUGAUGGGAGUUACUUUGUCGCAGCCAUUUCAAUUUGGAAUUAGCGUGAGUUUUUGGUGGGUUGGCAAGGAUAAGGUAGUAGGCCGAUGAAACCGGGAGGUUUUGUGCUUGAUAGGUUCUACUGAGCUUGUUUGAGGGAAUGAACAGGAACUUGUACUGGUCUUAUGAACUGAAAAAGCUUUUUUGACAAAUUUUUCGCAAAAUUUUUCUUUGAUCACAAGUAUAAUGUAUUUUUUAGUAAAUUCAUAUAGAAAACUUGGUUCUUUUUAAUUCAAGUUGAAGCCUUGAGAAGGCUAAAGCUUAUUUAACCAUUUUUUAUAUUACUCUUGAUCUCCUCCUCAAAUUUUUACUUUUUUCUUCAGGAACUGGCCUUGUUCGAUGUGGACAUGACUUUCUACUCCUUUUCAAUGCUUAUCCGCUCUGUUGGUCAAAGCAUUCAGCAUCUCUGCCUUCACAAUGUCAAAAUAAUCAACGAAAAUCAUCAUUCCGACUGCGUUCCAUCCGAUUUCAAUUAUCUAAAGGAGCUGGAAAGAGUCCGAAAUCUGGAGACGUUGCGGGUAGACUGUGACUUCCAAGAUAUUGCUCAUGUUAUAAAAACUCGACUGGCAAAACCUUUGGAAUCUUUGUUUGUAAAAACCGCGGAUAUUGUUCAACUUCACGAUUUUGAAGGAGUUAUCGCCAAGAAUAUUUAUGUCAAGGAGCUUUAUUACAAAGGGAAAAGAUAUGGAAAUGAUGCGAGUAGAGAACUUCAGAUGGCAGUGGAAGAUUGGCGGAGGAAGAUGAAGACGAGAGAAGUGACUUGUAGAGUUGUUUUGGGUACACCAAAGGUAAAUAUUUUGUUUUUCGAAUGCAUUUUUUAGAUUUAGAUACCUAAAAUUCUUGAAAAGAGUCUUAUUUCUGCCUUUUCGUCUUCAAAGUCGUAGAAAAGUCUUAAAACUAAAAUUGAAAAUAGUCCUAGUUGUCACUAAGGGAAUAUUUUACAGUUUGCAAAUACUUUUAAAAUAGUUUACAGCCCAAAAAUUGACAUUUUUUGCCGGAAAUGCCUUUCAUUUUUAUCGGAAACGUCCUUCCAAAAAGACGAAAGGAAAAACAAAAAGAAACCCGGAUGUGGCCGCGUGGCGCAAUGGAUAACGCGUCGGUCUACGGAACCGAAGAUUGUAGGUUCGAAUCCUGCCGUGGUCGAAAGCAUUUUUUAUUACUUUUUCCGAUGUUUGGAGAUGAAAAUUGGUUUUCGAAUAGUAAUACGUACUUUUAGAAGUAGUAAUAAUAAUUUUUCAGAGUUGGAGCCCCUCAUCCCAUCAAACUCCCAUCCGUCAGCUGGCUCAAUUGGGCAAAGUGCAGCUAUGUUUACUGGUGACUGAUGAAGAAUUCCCCAACGACACACUCAUUGAGACUGUUAUGAAGAUGUAUAUCUAGUCAAAAAAUCAGAAAUUUCAUUUGACUGACUGCGGAAUAAAUUUUAUUUCGAUUUUUUUGAGCUUUUCAAAAAUUUGCAUAAAUUCCAAAAAAAGUUGGCUGAAAGGUCGCAAAUUCGCGUCAUUUCAUUUGUGUCCAUCAGCUGGCGGUCGGCAGACAGUUUGUAGCGAGCAGUCAACGUUUCAACGGGCAACUUUAAACAAGAAAGUUUGUUGUGCCGGGAAAAAGAACAGGUAAAAUGCUGGGAUUGGUCGAGAAAAUCGGAGUUUGGGGAAAUCGAAAAGUAUUUUUUUUUUCUUCGAUGCAAUGUCGAAAUUAGGAUAAUCGAGGGUGCUGGGUUCGAAAUGACAUUCAUUUUUUUUUGAGUGUUACUUUUUUCCUUCAGUAGUACUGUAAAAUAGUAAUUUUUUGAAAAUUUUCUAAAAACACUGGGUUUAGGGGUUUUCGAAGGUGCCUGUUUCGAAAAUCAUGUUAAUUUUUCCUCUAGUACUAAAUAGUACUAUCUGAUACUAUUUAGUACGAGGUGAAAAUAUGGCUUUUGAUGGUGUUGUUUUGAUGCUUAGUACUCUUCAAAAAAAACGUUUUAAAGACUUGGUGCUAUUUAGUAUUAUCUGAUACUAUAUAGUACGAGGUGAAAAUAGGAGUACUAAGCAUCAAAACAAGACCAUCAACGUCAAAAGCCAUAUUUUCACCUCGUACUACAUAGUAUCAAAUAGUACUAUUUAGUACUAGGGGAAAAGUUAACACGACUUUCGAAACCAGCACCUUCGAAAACCCCUAAAUACAGUAUUUUUGGAAAAUUUUCAAAAUAUUAUUAUUUUACAGUAGUACUGAAGGAAAAAAGUAACAACCGAAAAAAUGAAUGUCAUUUUUGAAAUCAGCACCCUCGAUUAUCCUAAUUUCGACAUUUGCAUCGAAGAAAAGUAUUAUAAUACCUUUCGGUUUCCCCAAUCGUCCCAGUUUCCCUAGAGCAUGCCGAAAAGAUAUUUGCAGAAUGUCGGAUGUGAUCGGAAAGGCAUGGCAGACCGCGAUGUUCGACGUCGCCAUCUACCCGCUGACUUGGGCGCGCACUUUGAUCGAGCUGGGCUACGAGCCGUUCCCGUUGGAGCGCUCGAAUUUCAAGAUUUUGUGCGGAUGUCGGACCCUUUUUCUCCCCAAUUUUUAUUCGUACAGUAAGCUUGGAGAAUGCCCUUUGAAUUCUGGGGCCUUUUUUGGUAUAAGGGUGACGAAAUAGAAGCGAUUUUUCCUCGAAAAUGACCGUAAUUUAGUCUACAAGUCCGCCGAGAAAGAUGGAGUCAUGGUUUUGUAUCGUGGAGUGGAAGCGUGCGCGCUGCGGACAUUUGUCUUCAUCUUGGUCACCGACUCGGUUUUCAAGGUGAGUCUUCGCAAUUUUAAUCGCAAUUUUUUGUCUUGGGACUGAUCAACAAAAGUUUAGCUGAUUUUUUAAUUCAAAAAUUUUUUUAGUAUGACGAAUCUUUCCAGAAAAAUUAAAUUUUUGAUUUUCUUAUUGUCUAUUGUAUAUCUAGAUGGUCAAAAAAAAUGGCUGGUAUGGUUUAUAAUCUCUCUUUUAUUUUCCAGUACAUCCGUAAAUACCUUCCCAACCUUGGCGGAGAGCCAGUUCGGCCUUGCGUGAAGGAGCAUGAACUCACCACUUAUGAGAGCUUCCGAAGACGCUUCAGGACCUUGAUCCGACAGACUGCCAUCCAAACCAUCGCUGUCGUCGCUACUCAGCCAUUUUUGGGUAAAAAUUUUUUGAAUAUGCAAAUUUUUGAGUUUAUAAAAAUUUAUGGAAAUUUUGGAAAAAUGCAGAGCAUAUGGUAUUUUGAUGAUUUUCGGGUAAAAAUUGUGUACUUUUGAGAUGUUUUUAAUAUAAAUAGAAAUUAAAAUUUUUACUUUUUCAAAAAAAUUUUUUCAAUUUUCGAAAAAUUUUUUGAAGAUUUUUUACACAUAUAUUUUCAGUAUGUAUGGUGCGCGAAGUUGCUCAGCACAUUGGCAAAGAGACGUUGUAUGGGCCGGUUCACGUGACUCUGAUGAAAAUUGCCGAUUCCGAAGGCAUCCCAGGCCUUUUCUCCGGCAUUAUUCCCACUCUUUUGGCCAGUUACUUUUGUAAUUGGGGUCUGGGCGCGGUGGGGUUCGUUCUGGACAGAUUUGUCUGGCCCAAAAUGAAGAUGGUGAGGGAAAAAAAUAAUAAUAAAAAAAAAUUUUUUUUUGAUUUUUCAGGAUUUUUGGUAUAUAAAAAAUUUUUUUUGAUUUUUUCUGAUUUUUGGUAUAUUAAAAAAAAUUUUUUUGAUUUUUCCGGAUUUUUGGUAUAUUUAAAAAAAAUUUUUUUUUGAUUUUUCCGGAUUUUUGGUAUACAAAAAAAUUUUUUUUUGAUUUUUCAAAAUUUUUGAUAUAUUUUUUAGGUGAUUUUUGACUUUUUGGAUCGAUUUUUUGAUUUUUUUUAUAUAUUUUAAAUAUUUUUAAUUAUUUUUAAAUCGUAUUUUAGUUCGAUCCAGCCGAUCCACUCUCCGUUUUGCGCCCAAAAUCCUUGGCCACGAUUGCGCUGGACAAGUUUGUAAUCCAGCCCGGAGGGCAGAGAUACAGAAAUGUCUCCAGAAUGAUGUGUGUGGCUGGAACUGGGUAAGAAAUUUGGUUUUUUUGCGUAUUUUGUGAUGUUAGGGCGGAUAUUGAAAUUGAAUUUUCAAAGAUGUAAUGUUUGGGAGAUGUACCAUCAAUAUUUUACUUGUAAAAAAUUAAAUUUUUUAUUUUUCUUUGGCUUGAAAAUCCGAUUUUUUUUCUGAUUUUUAAAAAUCGAAUUUUAAUUUCCAAAAAAAAUUCAAAAAAAAUGAGAUUUUUUGAAAAAAAAAAUUUUUGCGGCCCAUCACUUUACAGUGACGGACCUGGUCCAGUGGCAAAAAAUUUACCAAUUUGCUUAUAGGAAGUGUCGAAAAAUACGGCAAAAUGCCUCCCUCUCCAACGAAAAAACUUCGUUUUGAACCGCGCGCCCUUUUUCCCUCGCAAAAAGAGCGCUUUUGAAAACGAUGUUUUUUCACUUGGAAAUGGAGGUAUUUUGCCACAUUUUUCGACACUUCCCGGAUGCAAAAUGGUGUACUUUUUGCCACUGGAUCAGGUUCGCCACUGUAAGAUGAUAGACCAUAAUUUUUUUUUUUCAAAAAAUCUUAUUUUUUUUUGUUAUUUUUUUUGGAAAUUAAGAUUCGAUUUUUAGAAGAAAAAAACCCGUUUUUCCAGUAUUGGUCAUCAGAGAACACCCAGAUUUUAAAGCCAAAAAAUAAAAAAAAAUUUUUUUUACAAGGAAAAUAUUGAUGGAAAUUUUCAAACAUCACAUUUUUGAAAAUUUCAAAUUUCAAUAUCCGCCCUGAGACCAUAAUUUUUUUUUCAAAAAUUCUCUUUUUUAUUUUUUUGGAAAUUAAAAUUCGAUUUUGAGAAAAAAAUCACGUUUUUUUACCCAUAUUUUAAAGCCAAAAAAUAAAAAAAAUUAAAUUUUUUACCAGCAAAAUACUCCUGGUACAUCUCCCAAACAUCACAUUUUUGAAAAUUUCAAUUUCAAUAUCCGCCCUGAGACCAUAAAAAUUUUUUUUUUUCAAAAAAUCUCAUUUUUUUGGACCAUGUCCGCUACUGUAAUUAUUUUUAGCCUGAAGGUGUCGAAUCCCCCCUUCGCCAUUCCGUUUUGCCACUGGACGGACGCGUUCAAGUUCCUGAGACAGGAACAUCAGCUCGGCCGAGGGAACAGCAGCUUCUUCCGAGUCCAUUACGGCGCCAUUUACACUUGCCCCACCACCAAGCAUCUCUUCGCCACCACCUCUUUACAUAACUAG